CAUGACAUUACAUUGCACGCCCCUUCUCACCAAACCCUAACCCCCUCCUCUCUCUCUCUCUCUCUCUCUCUUCGAAAUCGAUUCGUCCGAGGUCGGUCUCCGUCUCUUUCAUCCUCUCCGCAAACCUCGACCGACGCCCUUCCUUCGCAAUCGCGGUCGCGGUCGCGGUCGCCAUUCUUGGUUUCGUGUUGCCUUGAGAGGGAAGGGUGGGCGGGUGGGCGAUUGGAAUUGGGGUGGUAUGAUGUCGCGAAGCGGCGUCGGCAAUGGGGGCGGUGGCCCCGACUUCGAGCUGGCCGAGGAGAUACUGGCGGUGAUGCCGACCGACCCUUACGACCAGCUGGAUCUGGCCCGCAAGAUCACCUCCAUGGCCAUCGCCUCCCGCGUCUCCAAGCUCGAGUCCGACGUCUCCCGCUCCAAGCAGAAGCUCCACGACAAGGACCGCAUCAUCUACGAGCUCGAGGAGAAGGUCGCUCACCUCGACCGCUCCCACCAGGAGGCCGACUCGCGUCUCAAGAUUGUCCUCGAUGAGAAUAUGAGGCUCUCGAAAGAACGCGAUUCCUUGUGCGUGACUGUCAAGAAGCUCAGUCGUGAUCUGGCAAAGCUAGAAACAUUUAAAAGACAACUGAUGCAGUCGCUGAAUGACGAAAAUGCAUUGCCUGCUGAAACCGUUGAUAUUGGGACCUGUGAUCAGUCAAAUUCAAACUCCUAUCCAUUUAAGGAUGCAAAUGGUUACAGUGGCUCUGCUAAUGUUGGCAACAACAUGGAUGGAGCUUCACGGCAGGCUGCACAAAGACUUUCAAUAACUCCAUAUAUUACACCAAAACUUACUCCAACUGGAACUCCAAAAUUUUUUUCUCAAAAUGGCUCUCCUAGAGGAUAUUCUGCUGCUGGAUCACCCCAGAAAACUUCAGGUGCAACAACUCCUACAAAACCCCAAUAUGCACUCUCUAUGUGGUACCCAUCAAGUCAGCAGUCAUCAGCUGCAAACUCGCCUCCUCGUGGACGCUCUUUGCCAGGUCACACUCCUCGAAUUGAUGGAAAAGAAUUUUUUCGUCAAGCAAGGACUCGUCUAUCGUAUGAGCAAUUCAGUGCUUUUUUGGCAAACAUUAAGGAGCUUAAUGCUCAAAAGCAAACUCGAGAGGAAACUUUGAGGAAAGCAGAGGAAAUAUUUGGGACUGACAACAAAGAUCUCUAUUUAUCAUUCCAGGGAUUGCUUAACCGCAAUGUUAAUUAGGUGAGGAGAAAGUCUUUACUUGACAUAAUAAAAGGAGCUGAUAUAUAUAUCAUUGUCAUUCUGGGGAUUGCUCAUCACCAACUGUCGCUCAUAUUCACUGGACUAUACUUUCUCUGCAACUCACUAUUAUUUCAAGGGCGGUUAGUCAAGCUAAGAGGAAGGCCAAUUUUGGUAUCACUGCUUUCCAUAGUUUGCUGUUGUCUGUGUACAUCGUAGUUUGCUUGUGCCACCUCAGGCAGUAAAUUUGUAGAGUGUGCAAUGUAGGGAGGAACGUUUACUGCAAGUCUCGUCGCAAAAAUGUGCCCCUAACCAACACCCACCCCCCCGCCGCGAGGACCAAAGAUAUUUAUAUUAAGCAUCUCUUCAAAGGUUUUUCUUUAAACCAAAAAUAAUGGGGUUCCAUAUUCUUAUGUAGUUCAUUACAAUAUCAUGUGUUUUAUGGAUUUCGGUCGCCGAA